CGUUGAAAGUAACUCGGCAUAAUUUAUGUAUAUUGUUGAAUCUUGAAUCCAAACACGUUUUUAACUUAUUUAAAUACACCUGAGAAUGUCAUUAGCAAAAUAAAUAGUUUUUAUCGAGCUACAGAUCGCAUGUGUCUCGUAAUUUUUUCCGUGCUCGAUUGAAAAUGGUGCCGAAGUGGGUCAUUUUUCUAACUGCGUUUUUGGGCACAUUUCUCACGGUUCACAGUUGUAAUGAAGCUGUUUGUGGUCCUGUUGUGAGCAAGUGUUUGUUGAUACAAUCGUGUCAGUGCGAUUUGAAGAAUAAUCGUACCUGUACGGCGCAGUGCUUCACUUGCCUCGGGAGUUUAUAUACGGAGUGUUGCAAUUGUUUGGACAUGUGUCCAAAAACAGCAGAUGAUUUGGCAGUAGUGAACAAGGCGUCAAAUGUUGAGGAUAUAGUAGAACCGGUUCCCCAACUUUUUGAAGCUUUAGUCGAAACAUCAGACCCCCUUCAUACCUGGACAAGUGAAAAAAUUCAGGUUCAGUUUAGUAUACGGAAGAAUAAUCAACUAGAUGGAGACGGAGGUAUUGAACACCAAAUGGUUUCUGUGAAUUGUUCAGUGGCCUACUGGAUGAACUGUAUGAGUUACAAGAAAUGCAGAGAUGCCUGUAUCUCAAUGGGAGCAUCCAGUUUCAGAUUUUUUCACCAUGGCUGUUGCGAGUGUGUUGGUAGUACCUGUAUCAAUUAUGGUAUUAGCGAAAGCAAAUGUCAGAAGUGCUCCAUAGACGAUGAGCCUCUGACUGUUGACGAAAAUGAUCUAGAUUAUGGAGAAGAAGAUUAUGAAGAAUGAAAAAAAGAAUGUUAGAAGUGCAUUUUCCUUUAAAUAAAAGGAAGCUCUGGAAAUGACUACCAACUGAAGUAAUAUAGUCAAAAAAUGAAUGAACGAAGUACAAAUUUCAUAGGUGAAUUAAAGAGGAUAUAGUUUUUAGAAGAGAAUAGUUUCUAGGGAAAAAUUGCUGGAGAAGUGAAAAGCCAAAAACAUUUUCUUCUCCCAAAAAUUUCGUGAAGUUUUAUAUUAGACGUUCAUUCUUUGAUAUGAAUAAAUGAGGAGCUGUUUUUGAAACUCUCAGUUGGUUUGUAAUCAGGGGCCUAGGAAAAAUAAUUGAAUUCCUUUAUGUACAAAAUAGUUUAUUAUAUAUACAUUCAUAAACAAUAUAGUAUACUGUAACAUGUUUUCACAAUUGGGCUCAUUACGAUUGCAAUUUGAAUAUCAACAGACUACGAUUAACAUCAAUAGUAUCACAAAAAUCUCACAACAUUCAGAUCACACUUUGGAAAUUGAUUAUAUAUCGAUAGUCAAACUGCAAUCUUUUGAGUAAAAACAUAUAGUAUACUAUUCAAUAAUUGACCUUUCUCUGUACAAUAUAAACGAGGUUUCAUUAAAAUUUAUAGUAUAAAAUCAUUACACAAGUUCGUAUGUAAUUUUUACAUUGUAAUUUCCAUUCACUCGUAGAUUUAUAAAUAAUUUGUUGUUAUAACAAAUAUAUAUUUUUCUUUAAA